ACUCUAGUUUUAGUUGUUCCGUUAGUUUUCGUUGCCGAUAACGACCUCGGUCCUGACUCUCAGAUGGCAGAUCCAGAAGCUCCAGCGGAGGCUCCACCCUCACCUGUCGCUCCCCCAGUCGGCAGCUCUGAACCGGGGCUCAACAGCUCCGCUCCCUCCCCGGACACGGAGCUCCAGACCGGAGGCCAGGACAGUCCUGAGGGAGGAGGAGAGGAGGAGGAGGAGGGAGGAAGAGGAGGAGGAGGAGGAGGAGCAGACGAGGCCAUGACCAAACCCAGACCUCCUCUGCUUCACCUCCGCAGAGAGGCGGCUGGAAGAGGACAUCGGCGAAUCGGAGGCCAGAACCUGAGAACGCUUCAUCACAUGAGCUCUCCGCCGGCCGCCGCCGCCGCUCCAUCCCCGACCACCGCCGCCUCGGUGUCGGGGAAGAGGGCGGCGCCGCUGUCCAACGAGGCGAGGAGAGAGAUGGCGAAGCAGGCGAGAGCCCUGAAGGAGGAGAGGCGGGCGGCGCUGGACGCCCGCCACAAAUACCUGAUGAGCAGGCUGGUGGGCACGGGGACCCUGGGGGAGCCGGAGCUGGAGGACGCCGUCAUCUCCGACCACAAGUUCGGCCUGAUCGAUGAUUUCUUCGCUGCCAACGGAUCCAAGAAGCUGAUCUUCUUCUAUCAGGACGUGACGCAGAAUGUGUCCUCUGUGGAUGUAGCGUCUCCAGCGGUGGCUCAGAGGAAGCUCUUCCUCACCAGCGGGAGCUCUGAGCCUCUGCUGGGGAAGUGUCUGUUCUUCCUGAGAACCACAGACAAGGCCAUAACCACGGCCAACGUCCAGCAGGAGGUGAACUUCGGCAUGUUGGAGUGCAGUGACGGCAGCGUGCUGAGCAGUCUGGAGACUCUGCUGGCUCACAUCAUGCUGCCGGCCCUCCGCGCACAGCAGACGUGGGGCUCUGUGCAGGAGGGAGCAUCCUGUCCAGACGUGCAGUCCUUCCUGUCUUCAGUGGACCAGUUUGUCAUUAAUCUGAGCUCGGCCAGAAUCAGCCUGGAGAGGAAGUUCCGGCUGCAGCGGGUCGACCUUCCCGAUGCCGUCGGUCAGCUGAGCAGCCCUGCAGACUACACAGCUGCAGCCAAUAACAGCGAGCUGGUGGAGCGUCUAGAGGGCGUGGUCUCAGUGUGGACCAAUCAGAUCAAGCAGGUGCUGACGGAGAGCGAGCAGAUAAGGAAGGAGGCGGAUGAUGUCGGACCGUCAGCGGAGCUGGAGCACUGGAAGAGACGCAUGGUCACCUUUAACAGCCUGUUGGAGGAGGUGAAGCGUCCUGAGGUGAAAAGGACUCUGGGAGUCCUGCAGGUCACCAAAUCCCGAAUUCUACGAACCUGGAGAGAACUGGACGGGGACAUCACGGUGGUGGCCAACGAGGCCAAGGACAACGUGAAGUAUCUCUACACUCUGGAGAAGUUCUUUGGGCCGCUGGGGAAAUGCACUCCGACCAGUGUGCUGGAGCAGCUCCCCGCUCUGAUGAGCAGCGUGAGGAUGAUCCACAGCGUGUCUCAGUACUACAACACCUCGGAGAGAAUCACCUCCCUGCUGCUCAAAGUCACCAACCAGAUGAUCUCCACCUGCAGGAACUACCUGACGCAGGGCGUGGGCCGCGUCUGGGACCUCAGCAGGCCGGUGCUGCUGCAGCGUAUCUCUGACUGCUGUAACCUGAACGUGGAGUACCAGAGGAGCUUCCACAGCGUCAGAGACAAACUGAGAGAAAACCCAGAGAAGAGACAGUUUGACUUCAGUGAGAACUACAUCUUUGGGAAGUUCGAUGCGUUCUGCAGGCGUCUGGAGAAGAUCUCUGACAUGGCGUCGUCUCUGGAGAGCCUGUCAGCUCUGCAGCACAUCAAGGUUGAAGGCGUCGAUAAGAUUUACGUUCGUUAUCAGACCGUCGUCUCCACGACCAAGUCCAAGACCUACGACGUCCUGGACCCCCGCAGGCUGGAGUUUGACAGUGACUAUGCAGACUUCCAGCUCCAGGUUCAGGGUUUGUUCCAGUCUCUUCAGUCUCUGUUGGACUUCUGGUUCCAUCAAUCUCUCACGACGGAGCGCAUGCUGCAGCUGCUGCAGGUGUUUGAGUCGGGCCCGGCGGCUCGUCUGGACCUGAAGCAGCACUACCUGCUGCUGCUGCCGCGAUACGGCCGACAGCUGGAGCUGCUGAGGAAGAUCUACCAGAGACAGAGAGAGCAGCCGCCGGCCGGACGCAACCUGCCCCCGGUGGCAGGUAGGAUCCUGUGGAGCCGUCAGCUCUUCAGGAAGAUGGAAGCUCCCAUGUUGAUCCUGAAGAAGAAGCUGGACCUCCUCCAGGGCCCGGAGAUGACCAGAGUGAUCCGCAGCUACAACAGGAUGGCGGUGGUGCUGCUGCAGUACGAGGUGCUGCACCUGCAGGCCUGGAGUCAGGCUGCAGAGGGCGCUCCGCACAGCCUGAGCGCCGCCCUGCUGGUCCGCCAGCUGAGCAGCAAGGAGCUCCUGGUGAACCUGGACCCGGUGGUGCUGGAGGUGCUGGAGGAGGCGCGCUGGAUGACCAAACUGGGGCUGAGUGUGCCAAAGGUCAUCCUGAAGAUGGCCUCCAGAGAAGCAGAGGUCAAAGCUCUGCACAAGCGGCUGCUGGAGCUGCUGCAGGACUACAGCUCGGCCACCGCCAGCAUCCCGCCUCUCCUCUUCCCCCUGAUGCAGCCGUUCAUCGGCCGGGUGGAGGCGGCGCUCUCCCCGGGGCUCACCACGCUGUCCUGGACCUCCCUCAACACUGAGACAUUCAUUGACGGUGUGUAUCGGGCUCUGAAGGAUCUGGAUCAGGUGUCCAAAGUGGCGGCGGACCUGUUGGAGUGUCGCAUCGGCCGGCUGCUGCAGGACAUGUCGACCUGCUGCCUGCUAGUCCUCCCCGAGGACUCGCCGGUCUCCCCUCAGGACCUGCUGCUGCAGACGGACGACUCGGUGCACGCUGCUGCUGAAACUCUGAGCUGGCAGAGUCAGCAGGUAGAGAAAUAUGUGUUUGAGCUGAUUGAAGAGCUGAAGAGGAAGAUGAAGACGACCGAGACCGUCAAUCUGGAGGGAUCGUUCCAGUGUCUCCAUCCAGACUCCAAGCAGAAGACUCGCUGCCAGUCGUGUCUCCCGUGUCGUUUCUACAACCUGAUUGGUCAACUCUGUCACCGCAACACUGAAGCGCUGGUCAAAGCCACUAAAUCUUCUCUGGACGCUCUGAGGAGGAGACUUCAUGUCCCCAAAUACCAGCCGUCGUCCUCCGGCAGCAGCCAGGCUCCUCCUCCUGCUCCUCCUGCUCCUCCUCCUCUCUUCAGAGCCUCCAUCCAGCUCUCCAUCCCCAACAUCGUGAUCAGACCCAGCCUGGACGACAUCCAGAGCACGGUGAACAGGCUGGUGAGUGUGGUGCUGUCCGUCACCAGAGACGUCCCUCUGUGGACGUUCUCCCACCUGCAGUACAAACAGCAGCAGGUGGAGCAGGCGGCGGUGCGGGACGCUGGAGACGACGUCCCGGUUAAACCGCCGGUGCUGAGACCUCUGGACAGACAGCUGGCCGAACACAGAGACAUCACCAAGUUGGUGAUCCAGCUCAGCUCCAUCGUGUUGUCUCUGAGAGAUCAGGCUGCUGACACGCUGAGUGAACUUAGUCACUUCUCCACACUGUGGAACCAGGACCCAGAGGAGCAGGUCCAGGUCUUCCUGCAGACGGAGCCGUCUCUGACUGAGUUCAGCUCUCAGAUCAGUUUCUACUCCAAGCUGCAGCAGCAGAUCUGCUCCCUGCCGCCCCUCGUCCCUCUGGGUGCUCUGCUGCUGGACACGGAGCAGCUGCAGCUCUCUCUGUCUCACGAGUGUCGUCAGUGGAAACGAGCCUUCGGCGCCGCGCUCCACCGCCACGCCGCCGCCGACACACACCGCCUCUUCACCUUCGUGGACGCCAUGACCAAGCGCCUGCAGCGACCAAUCAGAGACCUGGAGGACGUCAGGGAGGCCAUGGCCACGCUCCGAGAGGUCCGGGAGGCGGAGCUUAGCGUGGACGCCGCCGUGGCGCCGCUGGACGAAUCCUUCGCUCUGCUCAACAAACACGAGCUGCUGUUCAGCGACGGGAGCGCCGAGCGCGUCGACGCCCUGACGUACGGCUGGAGGAGCCUCAGCACCCUGGUGGUUCAGACCCAGAACACUCUGGUCCAGAUCCAGCCCAGAAUGAAGGCGGACCUGCUGAGCUCCGUGCGGAGCCUCCAGGAGAACGUAGAGAAGUUCUGCAGCGAGUACAACCUCAGGGGUCCGGGGGUGGAGGGCGUCGCUCCGGCCGAGGCCAGCGAGCGGCUGCAGAGUUUCCAGGCGGAGUUCGAUCAGCUGUGGAGGAAAUACACCACCUGCUCCGGAGGAGAGGAGCUGUUCGGACUCGCCGUCAACGAGUAUCCAGAGCUGCAGAGGAUCCGGAGGGAGCUGUCCCUGCUGUCUAAACUCUACUCUCUGUACGGCUCGGUGAUUGACAGCGUGGCGGGAUACUCAGACAUCUUGUGGGCGGAGCUCGACAUCGACAGGAUCAACUCUGAGCUGCAGGACUUCCAGAACAGGAUCCGGAAGCUCCCGAAGGCGCUGAAGGAGUGGCAGGCCUUCAGAGAGCUGAAGAAGACCAUCGACGACUUCACGGAGAGCUGCCCGCUGCUGCACAUGAUGGCCAACAAGGCGAUGCUGCCCCGACACUGGACUCGCCUCAGUGAGCUGACGGAUCAUCACUUCCUGGUGGAGUCGGAGACGUUCUGCCUCCGAGACAUCACAGACGCUCCGCUGCUCCGACACAAGGAGGACAUCGAGGACGUUUGCAUCAGUGCCGUGAAGGAGCGCGACAUCGAGGCCAAGCUGAAGGAGGUGCUGGCUGAGUGGAGCGGACACUCGCUCAGCUUCGCCUCCUUCAGGACACGAGGAGAACUCCUGCUGAGAGGAGCAGACACCGCAGAGAAGAUCUCCAUGAUGGAGGACAGCCUCAUGGUGCUGGCCUCGCUCCUCAGCAACAGGUACAACGCUCCCUUCAAGCCGUCCAUCCAGCUGUGGGUCCAGAAGCUCUCCAACACGUCUGAGAUCAUGGAGAGGUGGCUGUCGGUGCAGAACCUCUGGAUCUACCUGGAGGCCGUGUUCGUGGGCGGAGACAUCGCCAAGCAGCUGCCUCAGGAGGCCAAGCGUUUCCAGAACAUUGACAAGUCGUGGCAGAGGAUCAUGCAGCGAGCACACGAGAUUCCCAACGUGGUGCAGUGCUGCGUAGGAGACGAGACGCUCAGCCAGUUGCUCCCUCACCUCCUGGAGCAGUUGGAGCUCUGUCAGAAGUCUCUGUCUGGUUACCUGGAGAAGAAGCGUUUGGUGUUUCCUCGUUUUUUCUUCGUGUCUGACCCCGCCCUGCUGGAGAUUCUGGGCCAAGCCUCCGACUCACACACAAUACAGGCUCACCUGCUCAGCCUGUUUGACAACGUCAACAGAGUCGUGUUUAAUGAGAAAGUCUACGACCAGAUCGUCAGUUUUCAGUCUCAGGAGGGAGAAACGGUGGAUCUGAGCCAGCCGGUCCUGGCACAGGGCAACGUGGAGGCGUGGCUAGGUCAGCUGCUGGGCGGAGUCAGGCAGACGCUCCACGCCAUCAUCCGCCAGGCCUACCUGGCCAUCAGCGACCCCGGCCUCAAGCUGCUGGACUUCCAGUCGGCGUUCCCGGCUCAGGUUGGCCUGCUGGGAAUCCAGAUGAUCUGGACCAGAGACGCAGAGGAAGCACUCGUCCUCAGCAAGUCUGACAAGAAGAUCAUGCAGACGACCAAUCAGAAGUUCCUGGACCUCCUCAACGAGCUGAUCGACAUGACGACCAGAGAGCUGAGCCGCAACGAGAGGACCAAGUACGAGACGCUCAUCACCAUCCACGUCCACCAGAGGGACAUCUUCGAUGAGCUGGUGCGUCUCAACGUGCGCUCUGCAUCCGACUUUGAGUGGCAGAAACAGUCGCGGUUUUACUUCGUGGAGGAGACGGACAGAUGUGUCAUUCAGAUCACAGAUGUGGAGUUCAGCUACUGCAACGAGUACCUGGGCUGCACCGACCGGCUGGUCAUCACCCCGCUGACCGACAGGUGUUAUAUAACUCUGUCCCAGGCUCUGGGGAUGAGCAUGGGGGGCGCUCCGGCCGGCCCUGCAGGAACAGGGAAGACGGAGACCACUAAAGACAUGGGCCGCUGUCUGGGCAAAUACGUGGUGGUCUUCAACUGCUCGGACCAGAUGGACUACAGAGGACUGGGACGCAUCUACAAAGGUCUGGCCCAGUCCGGAGCGUGGGGGUGCUUCGACGAGUUUAACCGCAUCGAGCUGCCGGUGCUGUCGGUGGCGGCGCAGCAGAUCUACAUCGUCCUGCAGUGUAAGAAGAACAAGAAGAACCAGUUUGUGUUCACCGAUGGAGACGUAGUGGACAUGGACCCUGAGUUCGGCAUCUUCCUCACCAUGAACCCGGGUUACGCUGGUCGCCAGGAGCUGCCCGAGAACCUGAAGAUCCAGUUCCGCACCGUAGCCAUGAUGGUCCCGGACCGAGCCAUCAUCAUGAGGGUCAAACUGGCCAGUGCAGGUUUUCGUGAUAACCAGGUUCUCAGCAGGAAGUUCUACACGCUCUACAAACUGUGUGAGGAACAGCUCUCCAAGCAGGUCCAUUAUGAUUUUGGCCUGCGGAACAUUUUGUCGGUUCUGAGGACGCUGGGAGCCGUGAAGAGAUCCAACCCUUCAGAACCAGAGAAGACCGUGGUGAUGAGAGUCCUGAGGGACAUGAACCUCUCCAAACUGGUUGACGAGGACGAGCCUCUGUUUAUGAGUCUGAUCAACGAUCUGUUUCCUGGCAUCGUUCUGGAUAAAGCCGGCUACCCAGACCUGGAGGCCUCCAUCUGCAGUCAGGCCCAGCAGGCCGGUCUGAUCCCCCACCAGCCCUGGAUCCUCAAACUGGUCCAGCUCUAUGAGACGCAGAGAGUCCGACACGGUAUGAUGGCGUUGGGGCCCAGUGGUGCCGGUAAGACCUCCUGUAUCCAGACUCUGAUGCGGUCCAUGUCAGAGUGCGGCGCUCCGCACCGAGAGAUGAGGAUGAACCCUAAAGCCAUCACGGCGGCUCAGAUGUUCGGCUCGCUGGACGUCACCACCAACGACUGGACCGACGGCAUCUUCUCCACCCUGUGGAGGAAGACUCUGAAGAGCAAGAAGGGGGAACACAUCUGGAUUGUUCUCGACGGUCCUGUUGACGCCAUCUGGAUCGAGAACCUGAACUCGGUUCUGGACGACAACAAAACUCUGACGCUGGCGAACGGAGACCGGAUCCCCAUGGCGCCCUGCUGCAAGAUCGUCUUCGAGCCUCACAACAUCGACAACGCGUCCCCGGCCACCGUGUCCAGGAACGGGAUGGUGUUCAUGAGCUCGUCGGUGCUGGGCUGGAGCGCCGUGCUGCAGGCCUGGUUACUGACGCUGCCACCGCCGCACGCCGCUGCCCUGCAGCGCUGCUUCACCUGCUGCUACCAGGACGUGCUGGACUUUGUCUUCACGGCGGUGUCUCCUAAGAUGCAGGUGUUGGAGUGUAUGUACAUCAGACAGACCAUCGACCUGCUGCAGGGUCUGCUGCCGGCGGAGGAGAGGGGCCCCGGGGCCCUGGACCGGCUCUUCGUCUUCGCCCUGAUGUGGUCCCUGGGGGCCGUGCUGGAGCUGGACGACAGAGCCAAGAUGGAGGCCUUCCUCAAGGGUCACAGCUCGUCUCUGGACCUGCCGCUCACUCACCACCAGGAAACCAUCUUUGAGUUCACCGUCAGCGAGGAGGGACACUGGGAGCACUGGUCCCACAGGGUCCCAGAGUACGUCUACCCCAAAGACCACGUCCCGGACUACUCGUCCAUCCUGGUUCCCAACGUGGACAACGUGCGGACGGACUUCCUGAUGCAGACGCUGCUGAAGCAGAAGAAGGCGGUGCUGCUGAUCGGAGAGCAGGGCACCGCCAAGACCGUCAUGAUCAAAGGCUCGUUGGCUCGCCUCGACCCGGAGCUGCACCUCAGUAAGACGAUGAACUUCUCGUCGGCCACGCUGCCCGCCAUGUUCCAGAGGACCAUCGAGAGCUACAUCGACAAGAGGAUGGGCGCCACGUACGGGCCGCCGGCCGGCCGCAGCAUGACCGUCUUCAUCGACGACAUCAACAUGCCCGUCAUCAACGAGUGGGGCGACCAGAUAACCAAUGAGAUCGUGCGUCAGCUGAUGGAGCAGGGAGGUUUCUACAGUCUGGAGCGGCCCGGAGACUUCAUCACCGUGGUCGACGUCCAGCUGGUGGCGGCGAUGAUCCACCCUGGCGGCGGGCGGAACGACGUCCCUCAGCGUCUCAAGCGUCAGUUCUCCGUCUUCAACGUCACGCUGCCGUCCAACUCGUCCAUCGAUAAGAUCUUCGGCACGGUGGCGGCGGGACACUUCUGCCCGGAGCGAGGCUUCCCCGCCGCCGUGUGCUGCCUCGCCGCCGCCCUCGUCCCCACCGCCAGGCGGGUGUGGCAGGCGGUCAAGGCCAAGAUGUUGCCGUCUCCUGCAAAGUUUCACUACAUCUUCAACCUGAGAGACCUGAGCAGAAUCUGGCAGGGGGUCCUGGCGGUGGGCUCUGAGGUGUGUCAGAGCUCUGAGCUCCUCUCGGCUCUCUUCCAUCAUGAAUGCUGCAGAGUGAUCGCCGACCGAUUCAUCGACGGCAACGACAGAGAAACGUUCAGCAGCAUCAUGGAGAAGAUCACAGUGGAGGAUCAUGGGAGAUCUCUGAUAGAGCACGCUCAGUGGGACAGCCCCUUCGUGGACUUCCUGCGUGAAGCUCCGGAGGCGACGGGAGACGAACCUGAAGACAGCGAGCUGGAAGCUCCGAAGGUAUACGAGCCAAUCCCGUCGCUGGACGCGCUGGCGGAGCGGCUCUCUGUUUUCCAGCUGCAGUACAACGAGGCGGUGAGGGGCGGAGCCAUGGACCUGGUCUUCUUCAAGGACGCGAUGACUCACCUGAUGCGGAUCUCGCGGGUCCUGAGGACGCCGCAGGGGAACGCCCUGCUGGUCGGCGUGGGCGGGUCGGGGAAGCAGAGUCUGACCAGGCUGGCCUCGUUCAUCGCAGGAUACCAGACCUUCCAGAUCACACUGACCAGGUCGUACAGCAGCAGUAACCUGCUGGAGGAUCUGAAGACUCUGUAUCGUAUCGCUGGUCAGCAGGGGAAAGGCGUCACCUUCCUCUUCACCGACAACGACAUCAAAGACGAAGCUUUCCUCGAGUACAUGAACAACGUGCUGGCGAGCGGCGAAGUUUCCAACCUGUUUGCUCGUGACGAGCUGGAUGACAUCACUCAGGAUCUGAUUCCCGUCAUGAAGCGGCAGCACCCUCGCCGACCUCCGACCCCGGAGAACCUCUACGACUUCUUCCUGUCGCGAGUGCGGAGCAACCUGCACGUCGUGCUCUGCUUCUCGCCCGUCGGGGAAAAGUUCCGCUCACGAUCGUUAAAGUUCCCGGGCCUGAUCUCGGGCUGCACGGUAGACUGGUUCCAGCGCUGGCCCCGGGACGCCCUGGUGGCCGUGUCGCAUCACUUCCUGUCUCAGUACCAGGACCUCCGCUGCUCCGAGGACGUGAAGCGGAGCGUCGUGGUCACGAUGGGAAACUUCCAGGACCUGGUGGCGGAGAAGUGCUCUGAGUAUUUUGAACGUUUCCGCCGUCAAACGUUUGUGACGCCGAAGUCCUACCUGUCCUUCAUCGACAGCUACCGGAUCAUCUACGCACGCAAGAUCGCCGAGGUCGGCACGCUGGCCGAGCGCAUGAAGACGGGUCUGUGUAAGCUGAUGGAGGCGGAGCAGUCAGUGUCUCAGCUCUCUGACGAGCUGCUGGUGAAGGAGCAGGAGCUCGCCGUCGCCUCCCAGAGGGCCGAGGAAGUCCUGAGGGAGGUCACGGCCAAGGCUCAGGCUGCUGAGAAGGUGAAGCAGCAGGUGCAGAAGGUGAAGGAUAAAGCUCAGCUCAUCGUCGACGAGAUCGAAGCCGAUAAAACUGCAGCAGAGUCCAAACUGGAGGCUGCAAAACCUGCACUGGAGGCUGCUGAGGCUGCACUGCAGACCAUCAAACCUGCCGACAUCUCGACGGUGAGGAAGCUGCAGAAGCCUCCUCACCUCAUCAUGAGGAUCAUGGACGCCGUCCUGCUGCUGUUCCAGAGGAAGAUCGACACGGUGACCCCCGACCCUGAGCGAGCCUGUCCUCGACCAUCGUGGGCCGAGGCGAUGAAGCUGAUGCAGAACUCGGCGUUCCUCAGCACGCUGCUCAACUUCAGCAAGGACUCCAUCACUGAGGAGGUGGUGGAGCUGUUAGCUCCCUACCUGCAGAUGGACGACUACAACCUGGAGAGCGCCAAGAGGAUCUGUGGUAACGUGGCGGGGCUCUGCUCCUGGACCCAGGCCAUGGUGGACUUCUUCUCCAUCAACAAGGAGGUGCUGCCCCUGAAGGCCAACCUGGCCCUGCAGGAGGUGCGUCUCGGGGUCGCUCAGACUGAACUGGCCAAAGCUCAGGAACAGCUGGACGCCAAACAGCAGGAGCUGGACGCCGUGCAGGCGCUGUACGACGCUGCCAUGAAGGAGAAGCAGGACCUGGAGGACGACGCCCAGGCUUGCCGCCGCAAGAUGGCCAACGCUACGGCUCUGAUCGACGGGCUGGGAGGAGAGAAGGUGCGGUGGACAGACAGCAGCUCUGUCUUCCAGACUCAGAUCAGACACCUGGUGGGGGACGUGCUGCUGUCGGCGGGCUUCCUGUCCUACGCCGGGCCCUUCAACCAGGAGUACCGCCGCCUGCUGCUGGAGCUGUGGAAGAAGGAGAUGGAGGAGCAGCUCAUCCCCUUCAGCGCUGACUUGAACGUGAUUGGUCUGCUGGUGGACAACGCCACCGUGAGCGAGUGGAACCUGCAGGGUCUACCCAGCGACGACCUGUCCAUCCAGAACGGCAUCGUGGUGACCAAGGCGUCCCGCUACCCGCUCCUCAUAGACCCCCAGGGGCAGGGCAAGACCUGGAUCAGGAACAGAGAGAAGGACCACCAGCUGCAGGUAACGUCUCUGAACAACAAGUAUUUCCGGUCCCAGCUGGAGGACGCGGUGUCUCUGGGGCGCCCCCUGCUGCUGGAGGACGUGGGCGAGGAGCUGGACCCCGUCCUGGACCACAUCCUGGACAAGAACUACAUCAAGUCCGGCUCCACCUAUAAAGUGAAGGUGGGGGACAAGGAGGUGGAUGUGAUGAAGGGCUUCACCCUCUACAUCACCACCAAGCUGGCCAACCCCGCCUACAGCCCCGAGGUCAGCGCCAGGACCGCCGUGGUGGACUUCACCGUCACCCAGAGGGGCCUGGAGGACCAGCUGCUGGGCCGGGUCAUCCUGCUGGAGAAACAGGAGCUGGAGGCGGAGCGGCUGCACCUCCUGGAGGAGGUCACCUCCAACAAGAGGAGGAUGCAGGAGCUGGAGGACAACCUGCUGCUGAGGCUCACCAGCACCCAGGGCUCCCUGGUGGAGGACGAGUCCCUGAUCCAGGUCCUGAGAGUCACCAAGACCACGGCCCAGGAGGUGAGUGAGAAGCUGUCUGUUGCCGCGGAGACGGAGGUGAAGAUCAACCAGGCGAGGGAGGAGUACCGUCCGGUGGCCACCAGGGGCAGCAUCCUCUACUUCCUGAUCGUGGAGAUGUCGCUGGUCAACGUCAUGUACCAGACGUCUCUGCGUCAGUUCCUGGGGCUCUUCGACUCGUCCAUGCUGAACUCCACCAAGUCCCAAGUCACCUCCAAACGCAUCGGCAGCAUCAUCAGCUACCUCACCUACCAGGUGUUCUGCUACACAGCCAGGAGUCUGUAUGAGGAACAUAAGCUGCUCUUCACUCUGCUGUUGGCUCUGAAGAUCGACCUGCAGGCCAGAAACAUCACCCACCCCGAGGUGCUCACCUUCAUCAAAGGCGGAGCGUCUCUGGAUCUGAACUCGGUAGAAUCCAAACCCCGGCGCUGGAUCCUGGACCAGACGUGGCUCAACCUGGUGCAGCUGUCCAGCCUGCCCCCGUUCGCUCAGAUACUGACUCAGGUGAGUCAGAACGAGCGCGCCUGGAGGACGUGGUUCGACCAUCCGACGCCGGAGGACGCCGCGCUGCCCGACGGCUACGACGACAAACUGGACACCUUCAGGAAGCUGCUGCUGGUCCGGAGCUGGUGUCCAGACAGAACCACGGCCCAGGCGCGGCGCUACAUCUCGGACUCUCUGGGUCCGCAGUACGCUGAAGGUUUGGUUCUGGAUCUGGACGCCAUGUUGGCGGAGAGCGACAGCAGCACGCCGAUGGUCUGUCUGCUGUCGAUGGGCUCCGACCCCACGGAGAACAUCGAGAGGCUCGCCAGGAGCAAGGGGGCGCCGUGCCGGCCCAUCUCCAUGGGGCAGGGCCAGGAGGUUCACGCUCGCAGGCUAUUGGCCGGCAGCAUGACGGACGGCGGCUGGCUCCUCCUCCAGAACUGCCACCUGGGGCUCAGCUUCCUGGACGAGCUGCUGGACUCGCUGACGGCGCCGCCGGCCGACGGCGUGCACCGAGGCUUCAGGGUGUGGCUCACCACCGACGUGCACCCCAGAUUCCCGAUCACCUUCCUCCAAUCCUCCAUCAAGUUCACCAACGAGCCUCCGCUGGGGAUGAAAGCUGGUCUGAAGAGGACCUUCAGCAGCGUCACCCAGGACCAGCUGGAGAUCAGCAGCCUGCCGCAGUGGAAGCCUCUGCUGUACGCCGUGGCCUUCCUGCACACCACCGUACAGGAGCGGCGUAAGUUCGGUCCUCUGGGCUGGAACAUCCCGUACGAGUUCAACCAGGCUGACUUCACCUCCAGCAUGCAGUUUGUUCAGAACCACCUGGACGACCUGGACUCCAAGAGAGGAGUCAACUGGAGCUGCCUGCGCUACAUGCUGGGUGAGGUCCAGUAUGGCGGCCGGGUGACGGACGACUUGGACAAGCGUCUCCUCAACACCUUCACUCGCGUCUGGUUCAGCGAGAACACCUUCAGCGACAAGUUCUGCUUCUAUAAAGGCUACAGCAUCCCGGGCAAGGCCAAGACGGUCCAGGAGGUGCUGCAGCACGUGGAGGCCCUGCCGCUGGUCGACUCCCCUGAGGUGUUUGGGCUCCACCCCAACGCUGACAUCACCUACCAGACCAACCUGGCCAAUGAGACGCUCAGCACCAUCAUCAGCAUCCAGCCGAAGGACGGAGGGGGCGGAGCAGGCGAGACCCGGGAGGCCGCCGUCCAGCGGCUCGCCAACGAGAUGCUGGAGAAGCUCCCGGCGGACUACGUGCCUCACGAGGUCAAAGGUCAGCUCCAGAGGAUGGGUCCGCUGCAGCCGAUGAACAUCUUCCUGCGACAGGAAGUCGACCGCAUGCAGCGAGUCAUCAGCAGCGUACGGAGCACGCUCAGUGACCUGAACCUGGCCAUCGACGGGACCAUCAUCAUGUCUGAGGACCUCCGUGAGGCUCUUGACAGCAUGUUUGACUCGAGGGUUCCCGUCCUGUGGCUUCGUCUCAGCUGGCCGUCGGCCUCGUUGGGCUUCUGGUUCUCUGAGCUGCUGGAGAGGAACCAGCAGCUCGCCGGCUGGAUCAGCGCCGGGCGGCCCCACCAGUUCUGGCUCACCGGCUUCUUCAACCCGCAGGGUUUCCUGACGGCCAUGCGGCAGGAGACGACGCGCUCCAACGCGUCCCGCGGCUGGGCGCUGGACGCCGUCACCCUUAGCAACGACGUCACCAAGAUGAUGAGGGAGGACGUGUCGGCUCCGCCCCCGGAGGAUGUGGGCGGGGUCUACAUAUACGGCCUCUUCCUGGACGGGGCGGGCUGGGACCGCCGCAACGCCAGACUCUCCGAAGCCCCGCCCAAGGUCCUGUUCACUCCGCUCCCGGUGGUCCACGUCUUCGCCGUCAGCGCGGCGGCAGACGGCCGGCGGCCGGGUGGCGGGGUCAGCCUCUACUCGUGUCCCGUCUACAAGAAGCCGCGGCGGACCGACCUCAACUUCAUCUUCCAACUGCAGCUACGCAGCGUUCAGCCGCCGGAGCACUGGACGCUCCGCGGCGCCGCACUGCUCUGUGACUGCAAGUGAGCCACCGCUAGCAUCCCGCCGCUGCUAGCAUCCCGCUGCUGCUAGCAUCCCGCCGCUGCUAGCAUUCCGCCGCCGCUGCUAGCAUUCCGCCGCUGCUGCCAGCUUCCAACCACCAGCGUAUAGUUUUUAAUUCAUAUAAAAUAAUGAACUCACAAGACGUGAAACUUGAUGCUCGUCAGUAACUUUUAGCUCUACUUCACUUUACUUUGAGUAUUUCUCAUUGUGUUUUCUAAACAGUUUGUAAUAAAUUAAUUCUCAGAGAUAUUUGACGACAUUUGCGGUGAAUAAAUAAUCAGAUUUUAGCCUUUUAGCGUAUUUGUGGAAUUAACCUCCUUUAUUAAUAAAGAGCUAAAAAAUAUCAGCUGAAAUAUGAGCCACCAGAAACUGAA